AUUGAUUGCACAAUACUGUGGCGCUCCCGCGCCCCGAGGCGGCCUGCCACUGCCACCGGCCAGCUGCACCACGCUCCCCUUCCCUUCCCCAGCUAGCCGCCGCUGGCUCCACUUCACAGACAGCAUCGCCACCUUCAUUUGUUUCCCCCCAGCUUCCUUCGCGUCACCGCUCCCUGGCUAGGUAGGUGAAAGCGCUCCGGUUGGUAGCUAGCGACAUGGCCGGGGGAAGAGGUGGUGCUGCAAGUCAUGCCGCCGUCGUCGUCUCCGCCGCGGCGCUCGCCGUCGCGUGCUGCUGCAUGGGCGUCGCCGGCGCGGCCACCUACUACGUCGGCGACGGCGGCGGCUGGUCCCUGAGCAGCGCCAGCUGGCCCAACGGGAAGCAGUUCCGCGCCGGCGACGUCCUCGUGUUCAGGUACAGCCCGUGGAUCCACAACGUGGUGGCGGUGGGCGAGGACGGGUACGCCCGGUGCGCCACGCCGGCGGGGGCGAGGACCUACGAGUCCGGCAACGACGCCGUCCGGCUCGCCAGGGGCGACAACCGCUUCAUGUGCACCCGCUUCUACCACUGCAACCUCGGGAUGAAGAUGGUCGUCAACGCCGCCUGACCGCCGGCCUGCCACGGCACUGCCAUCUUCAAGCUCAAGAAAAGUUAGGCUCUCCUCUGUUGCAUUUGGAUCUGGUUGCCGUGAGGGUUGUGGUUUGCGGUUCUAGCUGGUAGAAGUGGGUGAUCGUGAGACUUUGUGUGAUUCUCUGACGACCAUCUGCGUGUGCUGUGUUGACUCUGACGGAAUGUGAGCGUUUGUUCUUACUAUUUGCGAUGAUUGGAACUUGGGAAGUUCAUGUCUCUGCCUGCUA